AUGGCGGAUUCAGCGUCGACAAAGUCCAUCCACACAAUCGUGUUGGACGCCGGUCCCAUCAUCAAAAAUUCCCCGCCGCUUUCCACUUUGCUCGCUCAAUGCGAUGAGAUUAUCACCACCCCCGCCGUCGUGAGCGAGAUCCGUGAUCCCGAUGCCCGCGCCCGUAUCGAGACUCUCUACCUCCCUUUCCUCAAGCAGCGCACCCCGAACCCGACCAGUUUCAACAUUGUCAGCGAAUUCGCAAAGAAGACUGGUGACCGCUCUGUGCUCAGUCGAAACGAUAUUGAGGUUCUCGCCCUCGCCUACGAGAUUGAAUGUGAACGCAAUGGAGGCGACUGGCGCUUGCGCAGUGUCCCUGGUCAGAAGCGCGUGAAUGGUGCCCCACCUGUCAAGGUGGAGGAACCUAAGGAGGACGAGGAGGAGCCCAAGGAGGAUGCCGAGUCCAAGGACGUGGAGGCGAUCACCGACGGCGUCCAAGAGGCUACUAUCGCAGAGAACGCCGAACUCACAAAGCCCGAAGAGACCGACGCUGUUCCAGAGACCUCUGUCGAGACCGAGAAGAACGGAGCUGAAGAGGAAGAAGAGGAGGAGGAUGUUGAUCUCGACGCAAACGAGGAGGAUGAUGCUGCGGACUCGGACGGCGGAGAAUGGAUCACACCCACCAACUACAAGAAGCGGCUGGCCCGCGACGAUGGCAGUGGUGCGACGGCUGGUAGUGAGGUCAAGGUCAUGCAGGUCGCAACCAUGACUACCGAUUUCGCGGUAAGUUUAUCUGUAAAUAUUCAUUCGCAAGUGCGCCCACUAAUUCGGACACAGUGCCAAAACGUUCUCCUGCAAAUGAACCUCAACCUUCUGUCAACUACCACUCUCCAGAGAAUUCAGCACCUGAGAACGUUCAUCAAGCGCUGCCACGGCUGCUUCCUUACUACCAAGGAUAUGACCAAGCAGUUCUGCCCUCGCUGCGGUAAAGAUACCCUGACCCGUGUCUCCUGCACAACCACCGCCAACGGCCAGUUCACCAUGCAUUUGAAGAAGAACAUGCAGUGGAACACCCGUGGUAAUGUGUAUAGUAUUCCCAAGCCCAUUGCAGGUACCGCCAACGGCAAAUGGAAGGGAGGCGCUGGAAAGGGUGGAUGGGGCAGAGACCUUGUCCUUGCCGAGGAUCAGAAGGAGUUCACUCGGGCGAACGCCGAAGAGGAGCGUCGCCAACGCCGCCAACAUGACCUCAUGGACGAAGACUACCUUCCCGGUAUCCUGACUGGUGAGCGCAACAGGCAAGGUGGACGCACCAAGGUCGGCGCUGGCCGCAACGUCAAUUCGCGCAAGCGUUAA